AUGUUGGUCCUGACGAAUCUGCCCAGACUGCUCCUGCUGGACAGCAAGGGCCGACGCCUCGUGAAAGAUGUUGAUUUGCUCGGCAGUGCCUCGACUCAGGGGUUGCCUCGGAAUAGCCAUGGGGAAGUCGUUGAUGAGAAUCCACAGGGAGAGAUGUUUCCGCCCGAGUCUGUUUCAACUGAAAGCCCACUGAACUCUGGAGAAAAUGAGGUCGAAUCCGAAAAGGUUGAACCACAUGAGGUACCAGUGCCCGCAUGGGGUUCGGAUGAUGAGGAUGGUUUGUGUGCUUUUGGGGACGACCUCAUAGAACCCGAAUGUGAGGCUGGAGUUUGGGAAAUCAAUAUAGCCACUGAAUCCUUUCAGAAUUGCCAGGAUGAUCCUCAGGAAAAUGAUCGUGAUCCAAUCCAUACCUUGUUUGCUGAACAUGUUCUUGUUGCAAGUAAUGCCCGAAAACAAAAGGUUGAGGUGCAGUAUCGAGGUCUGAGUGAUGGGGAUAAGAAGCUGUUUGAUGCUGCAAAACAGAAGGAAAUCAAGGCAUGGAUCGAUCACGGAACGGUUCAAAAGGUGACCAGAGGAACUUUAAAACCUGAGCAAAUAAUGCGAUGUCGCUGGAUUCUCACUUGGAAAGCUCCAGAAGUAGGAGGGGUUGAGCGUCGUGCAAAGGCACGAUUGGUUGUUCUAGGCUUUGAGGACCCAGGUUUGGCAGAGGUCCCACGAGACGCGCCAACGUUGUCCAAAGAUGGACGCCAACUCCUUCUACAGCUG